UCCCGGCGCGGCGGGAGCGCGCUUAGCGCUUGCGUACGCGACGGCGGUUGGCGGCGCGCGGGCGACGUGAAGCGAGGCGAGUCGAGGCGGUUCGGACCCACGGAGCGACAGACUGAGCGGCCCCUACGGCCGUCGGCGGCCCGGCGGCCCGAGAUGUUGUCUGGGAAGAAGGCGGCAGCCGCAGCGGCAGCGGCUGCAGCGGCGGCGGCCGGGACGGAGGCUGGCCCCGGGGCUGCGGGCGGUGCAGAGAACGGCUCUGAGGUGGCCGCGCCGCCCGCGGGCCUGUCUGGCCCAGGCGAGGUCGGGCCGGGGGCGGCCGGGGAGCGUACGCCCCGCAAGAAAGAGCCCCCGCGGGCCUCGCCUCCCGGGGGCCUGGCCGAACCGCCGGGGUCCGCAGGGCCUCAGGCCGGGCCUACCGUCGUGCCUGGGUCUGCGACCCCCAUGGAAACUGGAAUAGCAGAGACUCCGGAGGGGCGUCGGACUAGCAGGCGCAAGCGGGCGAAGGUAGAGUACAGAGAGAUGGAUGAAAGCUUGGCCAACCUUUCAGAAGAUGAGUAUUAUUCAGAAGAAGAGAGAAAUGCUAAAGCAGAGAAGGAAAAGAAGCUUCCCCCACCACCCCCUCAAGCCCCACCUGAGGAAGAAAACGAAAGUGAGCCUGAAGAACCAUCGGGGCAAGCAGGAGGACUUCAAGACGACAGUUCUGGAGGGUAUGGAGACGGCCAAGCAUCAGGUGUGGAGGGAGCAGCUUUCCAGAGCCGACUUCCUCAUGACCGGAUGACUUCUCAAGAAGCAGCCUGUUUUCCAGAUAUUAUCAGUGGACCACAGCAGACCCAGAAAGUUUUUCUGUUCAUUAGAAACCGCACAUUGCAGUUGUGGUUGGAUAAUCCAAAGAUUCAACUGACAUUUGAGGCUACUCUCCAACAAUUAGAAGCACCUUAUAACAGUGAUACUGUGCUUGUCCACCGAGUUCACAGUUAUUUGGAGCGUCAUGGUCUUAUCAAUUUUGGCAUCUAUAAAAGGAUAAAACCCCUACCAACUAAAAAGACAGGAAAGGUAAUUAUUAUAGGCUCUGGGGUCUCAGGCUUGGCAGCAGCUCGACAGUUACAAAGUUUUGGAAUGGAUGUCACACUUUUGGAAGCCAGGGAUCGUGUGGGUGGACGAGUAGCUACCUUUCGCAAAGGAAACUAUGUAGCUGAUCUUGGAGCCAUGGUGGUAACAGGUCUUGGAGGGAAUCCUAUGGCUGUUGUCAGCAAACAAGUAAAUAUGGAACUGGCCAAGAUCAAGCAAAAAUGCCCACUUUAUGAAGCGAACGGACAAGCUGACACUGUCAAGGUUCCUAAAGAGAAAGAUGAAAUGGUAGAGCAAGAAUUUAACCGGUUGCUAGAAGCUACAUCUUACCUUAGUCAUCAGCUAGACUUCAAUGUCCUCAAUAAUAAGCCUGUGUCCCUUGGCCAGGCAUUGGAAGUUGUCAUUCAGUUACAAGAAAAGCAUGUCAAAGAUGAGCAGAUCGAACAUUGGAAGAAGAUCGUGAAAACUCAGGAAGAAUUGAAAGAGCUUCUUAAUAAGAUGGUAAAUUUGAAAGAGAAAAUUAAAGAACUCCAUCAGCAAUACAAAGAAGCAUCUGAAGUAAAGCCACCCAGAGACAUUACUGCCGAGUUCUUAGUGAAAAGCAAACACAGGGAUCUGACCGCCCUAUGCAAGGAAUAUGAUGAAUUAGCUGAAACACAAGGAAAGCUAGAAGAAAAACUUCAAGAAUUGGAAGCAAAUCCUCCAAGUGAUGUAUAUCUCUCCUCAAGAGACAGACAAAUACUUGAUUGGCAUUUUGCAAAUCUUGAAUUUGCUAAUGCCACACCUCUCUCAACUCUCUCCCUUAAACACUGGGAUCAGGAUGAUGACUUUGAGUUCACUGGCAGCCACCUGACGGUGAGGAAUGGCUACUCAUGUGUGCCUGUGGCUUUAGCAGAAGGCCUAGACAUUAAACUGAAUACAGCAGUGCGACAGGUUCGCUACACGGCUUCAGGAUGUGAAGUGAUAGCUGUGAAUACCCGCUCCACGAGUCAAACCUUUAUUUAUAAAUGCGAUGCAGUUCUCUGUACCCUUCCCCUGGGUGUGCUGAAGCAGCAGCCACCAGCUGUUCAGUUUGUGCCACCUCUUCCUGAGUGGAAAACAUCUGCAGUCCAAAGGAUGGGAUUUGGCAACCUUAACAAGGUGGUGUUGUGUUUUGACCGGGUGUUCUGGGAUCCAAGUGUCAAUUUGUUUGGGCAUGUUGGCAGUACAACUGCCAGCAGGGGUGAGCUCUUCCUCUUCUGGAAUCUCUAUAAAGCUCCAAUACUGUUGGCACUAGUGGCAGGAGAAGCUGCUGGUAUCAUGGAAAAUAUAAGUGAUGAUGUGAUUGUUGGCCGAUGCCUGGCCAUUCUCAAAGGGAUUUUUGGAAGCAGUGCAGUACCCCAGCCCAAAGAAACUGUGGUGUCUCGUUGGCGUGCUGAUCCUUGGGCCCGAGGCUCUUAUUCCUAUGUUGCUGCAGGAUCAUCUGGAAAUGACUAUGAUUUAAUGGCUCAGCCAAUCACUCCUGGCCCCUCAAUUCCAGGCGCCCCACAGCCAAUUCCACGACUCUUCUUUGCGGGAGAACAUACGAUCCGUAACUACCCAGCCACAGUGCAUGGUGCUCUCCUGAGUGGGCUGAGAGAAGCAGGAAGAAUUGCGGACCAGUUUUUGGGGGCCAUGUAUACGCUGCCUCGCCAGGCCACACCAGGUGUUCCUGCACAGCAGUCCCCAAGCAUGUGAGACAGAUACCUUCUAAGGGAAGAGACCCAUGUCUGCUUGUCUUACACUGUAUAAGCAAGGCUCUUCUAGCAAUACUAGGUCCCACGGAGAACCGCCCACUCUGUCAUCUGGGCUCCUGAUUGGCUGUUGGUGCUCCUGAUUUGACAAAGGAGCUUGCCUCCUUUGAAUGACCUAGAGCACAGGGAGGAACUUGUCCAUUAGCUUGGAAUUGUGUUCAUCAUAAAGACUGAGGCAAGCAAGUGCUGUGAAAUAACAUCUUAGUCCCUUGGUUUUUUUUUUUUUUUUAUAUUUGGAGAAUAAAACUUCAUAUAAAAUU